UCGGUCUCUGCCGCUGCGCUCUUUACCCGUGGUCGGUUGAGGAGUUUCGCGCAGCGGAAGGGCACGAUGGGGUUCAUCUUCUCUAAGUACAUGAACGACAGCCUGAAAUCUCAGCAGGACUUUAUGCUCAUGAACUCGCGGCUUCAGCUGGAAAGGCAACUACUGAUGCAGAAUGAAAUGAGAGAGAGACAAACAGCCAUGCAGAUUGCUUGGACACGGGAAUUUCUCAAAUAUUUUGGGACGUUUUAUGCAUUUGCUGCUGUAGGUUUAACAGCUGGAGCAAUAAAAAAGAGGCAUCCAGGACCUUUGGUGCCAAUAGUUCCUUUGAGCUUCAUAUUUGCCUAUCAGUAUGAUAUGGGUUAUGGGACACUAUUGCAAAGGAUGAAAGGUGAAGCAGAGAACAUACUGGACACACAAAGUGCUUUGCUACAGUUGCCAAAAGGACCGCUGAAUUAUGAAGACCUGGAGAAAAUCAGAAGAUCUCAGAGCAAGUUCUUCAUAGAAAAAUAGGAAGAUAGUACUAAAGCUGAAUAUCUGAAAUGUGAUCGUAAUACUGGUUUUGGACAUAAAUUUGCCAUUAAAAUGUUGAGAAAACCAUGAGCUUUUAUAAAAGCAAAAUAUAAUUGGUUUGCAUCAGUACUUUCUAAAGCAAGGAUUUAAUAUGUUAUGUAUCUCUUGAAAUAUCUAUUGUUGCUGUAUUGUAUUUUUCUUGUUUAGAAAUGAAAUACUGACUUUCCACUGCCUACU